AUGGCCCGGCCUUACAGCAUGAGCAGCAGUAGCAGCAGCCCCUAUAGCGGGGGCAGCGGCUACGGCUAUGGCUAUGCCCCCUCCUCCGCCUACCUGUUUGGCCGCGACCGCGACAACACCUCGCUGCUCGACGACAUGCGCGCGCUCCUCUCUCACUCCGUCCGCUCCUUCAUGCGCUUCUGGCGCGCCCGCGGCCGCCGGAUGGCCAUUACCACUUUACGCUCAUCCGUGCACAGGUUACGGCAGAACAUGACAUACCGACGGGUCGUCAGCUUCCCGCAUAUGCUGGUGCUGGUGUGGGUGGUUAUUAUGUUGUGGGGGGAGAGAUGGGCGUUCCAUUCGAAGCCGGCUGGCGCCCAACCACAUCGCGUCGCUCUUGUUGCCGACCCCCAGCUCAUCGACCCUCAUACCUACCCCGGCCGUCCGUGGCCGCUUAAUCCGCUGACCAUGCUGCUGACCGACAACUACCUCCGUCGUUCGUACGGCCAGCUGCAGGAGCAGCUGGACCCAGACACCGUCUUCUUCCUGGGCGACCUGUUUGAUGGUGGCAGAGAAUGGAAGACAGCACGCGGAAACUUUGAGGACCCCAAAUGGGGGCCUCAUCCAAAGCACGAGCAGAAGUUUUUGAAAACAUGGCGGAAGAAGUAUGGAGAGUGGUUUUGGCUGAGCGAGUAUGCCCGGUUUGGCGAUAUCUUUGUCAACCCGUGGGUGAAGUCCGUUGCGGGAUCUAGCAAGAAGACGACACGCAGGAGGAGAAAGCUGGUCACCAGCCUACCCGGUAACCACGAUCUCGGUUUCGGGUCCGAGAUCAAGGUCGCCGUGCGUAACCGUUUCGAGACUUACUUCGGCGAGGGCAACCGUGUGGACGUGAUCGGCAACCACACCUUCGUGUCGGUCGACACCGUGUCCAUGAGCGCCGCUUCGUCCGAGGAAGCGAAACGCUACGAUCUCAAAAACAUCUACGAACCCGUCCAGAACUUCUUGGAUAACAUGAAGACCCUCAAACAAAAAGCAGUUGAGCGGGAACUCCUCCAUCUCCGUGGCGAGCUCCCGCCAGGUCGCUACGAGCACAAGGUCGAGCCUCUGGCGCAAGCCAAGUUCGGCGGCAGCAAGCCCGCCGUCACAGGCAAAACCGCCCCCGACCUACCCACCAUCCUGCUCACUCACGUGCCCCUCUACCGGCCGCCCGGCACACCCUGCGGCCCGCUCCGCGAACGCUACCCGCCCACCAAACCACCCAAGGGCCAGACCGAGCCCGUCGUCCCCGACCACCGCAACGCCAUAUCCGUGUCGCGCGGCUACCAGUACCAGAACGUGCUGGGUGAGCGCGAUUCCGAGGAGCUGGUGCGCAAGGUGGGUAAUGUGGUGCACGCCUUUUCGGGAGAUGAUCACGACUAUUGCUUUGUGAGGCAUUCCCCCGCUCAGGGAGGUGUACCCGAGAUUACGGUGAAGAGUAUCAAUAUGGCGAUGGGGGUGAUCGGGAGGGCAUUUUUGGUGCCGAUUUGGGGGUUGACGCCGUUCGCGCUUGAUCUGGAUGAGUCAAGUGUCUCUGGAGCGAAGGUGAAGAAUGGGGGCAUCCUUCCCAUGUACAAGGCGAAGCUUGAAGACUACGACGAGUACGCCAACUACCCUACGUCUCUCAACAAGGGCGGCGGCAAUCGGUCUAGGAGCAACUCCCACAAGGGCCACAGCCACAGCCACAGCCACAGCCACAGCCAUGGCAACCACCACCCCGGCCAUAGCAGACGAAAGAGCCGAACCAUUACCACGGCUAGUAGAGGUGCAGGGAGCGGAGGAUCUGGGUCAAAGUAUGGUGGUUUGGAGGGAAACAGCAGUGGACGAGUCAGAUCGGCACCAAGAAUCGAGAUUUCAUUGCAUAGUGAUAAUGAGGACGAAGACGAAGACGGCACGACAGGGGGGUUCGGGAAGUGGAAGCCGAAGAAGGCCAAGAAGAGGAGGGGCCCGCGGGGCAAGGUUGAGGUGGUGGUGACCGAGGCGUGGACUAGCGUGUGGAGGGUGGUGUGGAUGGUGGGGGGUUUUUUUGUGUGGCUGAACUGGAAGGGGUAG